AUGGAUGGACCAUCUAGAGAGUCGCCGCGACAGGCAUCUUCUGCAGAGCCCAAUCUUUUUGACGUUACAAUCGAAGGGCUUGAUCCAUUCGCUGGUCAAAUCGACUUCCCUGGAUUGGACUUGCGUCCAGACAUUGCUAACGAAACUGGUUUCCUCACAAGUUCUGCGUCAGAUGUGCACUCGAACCAGUCAUGCGCUUGUCUGUCCUCUAUGUACCUAUCACUGGACAAUCUACGCGCCAUGAAUACUUUCAGCUUCCCCUCUAGCUUAUAUUGUCUUCGGGAGAUGCUCGCGACUGCCAAAUCAUGUAUUGACUGCCGAGUCUGCCCAGCACAGUUCCUCACUGCGACACAAAAUGUACAGCUACUUGGUACUCUGUUGCUCUCUCUAGCUGAGCGUUACAAUCGAAUCCUCAAGACCAUCAACUCAGAUGCGAGGAUUGCAGAGGAGUCAAAUCGAGUGAAGACCCUUGAGAUUAGCGGUGGUGGCACACUUAUGCCAGUCCACGACCCUAUGGGCAGACUAGGCUCAACGGAGCCUCUAGUACUCGAAUUGAUACCCUCAGAAUGGAGGAAACUUGCGAAGAAAGUGGUGAGAGCCGAAGUCUACGGAACUUCCGAUGCAGGCCGUGCUAGCUUCAAGUCCGUCUUGACAACCUUGGAAGAAAGGCAGGCUCUUUGGCACAAGAUGGAGCCAACUGAUGAUUGUCCUGACCCGGAACGGAGAAGACAAGAAAUGUACACUCGAAACGAUAAUCCCAUAUGCCUGACGUUGGCACGCGAGGCAAAGAAGCUCGUGGAGCUCUUCGACUUCAGUUGA